AAGAAUCUGGCAACGUUAUUUGACGGAUGACGACAUAAAAAAAUAAAAGUUUGCGAAAGUACGAAACAUUCAAUUUAACAAAAUCUUAAGCAGAAAGAUAAAUUUUAAGCAUUUAUUGUCGUGGCUAAAGAUUUAUGACAAAAUUACCAAAAAGCUCAGCAGAGGUAAAAAGCAGCCUGGCAUACAUACAUAUGCACGAACAUAGUAGGAAACCUAUUGUGCAUUCAGUGGAAUUGGAAUACCUAGCAUAUUUUUAAAUCUUGGAAUACCAGAGAACAAGCGUGCAAUAGUUUACGAUUUGGUAAACAAAUAGUUUUAUUACAUACGUUCAUAGCCAUUGCAAGUAGCUGGUGUAGAAUACACAUUUGAAAGAUGGUGAAACUCUUUGCAUUGAGCAUCUUUUACAAGGGUCCAACAGAGGCACGACUGUUGAAAUCGGCUUACGAUUUGCAAUCAUUUUCUUUCUUUCAACGCGGCACAGUUCAGGAGUUUAUGACUUUUGCAUCAAAAACGAUAGUAGAGCGCACACAGCCAGCGAUGCGACAGUCAGUAAAGCAGGAAGCUUACAUGUGUCAUGUAUAUGUCCGUGCUGAUAACUUGGCGGGUGUACUGAUUGCUGAUCAUGAAUAUCCACAGCGUGUUGCACAUACACUCAUCACUAAGAUAUUGGACGAAUUCAGCGCCAAAAUAGGGCCAGAACGUUGGGAAACAGGGGCUGAAUCCACCAUUGACUUUAGCGUACUACCCGCAUAUUUAGCAAAGUAUCAGGAUCCCAAAGAGGCAGAUGCGUUGACGAAAAUGCAAAACGAUUUAGAUGAAACUAAGAUUAUUUUAAAGAAUACCAUCGAAGCGGUGCUCGAGCGCGGCGAAAAGUUAGAUGACAUGGUAAUCAAGUCAGAAAAUCUUUCAAUACAAAGUAAAGCUUUCUAUAAGACAGCUAAAAAGACCAAUUCAUGUUGCAGUUUCAGUUAAGUGUAGGUUACAGAAACAUAAAAACAUGAAGUUUUCGCGAAAAGAAAUAUAUAUUCUUUUGAAGUGUUUGCUGUUUGCAAUGCCGUUUACCACAUAUUUGAGUUAAUACUGAUGCUUGAGGUGGUGUUGCUUUUUAAAUUUAUCAAACAAAAAAUAUAUAUAUAUAUACAUAUAUAAAUCACAGAAGUUUAUUAAUGUAGGAGAAAGGGAGUUGUUACGACAAACUAAUAAAAAAAGUAUAAUAAAAUAUACAAUUAGCUCAAGAUAAAGGAACCCACAAUAUACUUCAUUCCAAACCAUAUAACUAAUUUGACUUUCAUUUAAAGUGUCAAUAUUAAUUUGAGACCGGAGAUUGAGAUUAACUACAGUUGACAAAAAUUAACCAUAUACAUAUGUACAAAUAUUUGCAGAUGUGCUUUUUAUUGAAUCGUGAAAUUAAAUUAAUGCGCUGAUCAUAAUUGUGAAAGUAACUGACAUCAAGAAAAUAAUGUACUACAUUGGUAUAUAACCGCUUUUUCCUAUUUACAUACAUAUAUACAAAACUAUUUGUAUGAAUGUAUGACCUUGCGGGAGGUGUCUCAAAAUUAAUUUACACUUGACUUGGUUGGCUAUGUUUAAACGACGAGAUGUUUUGGUAUCAGAACAAAAAUUAAAAUUUAGCCAAAUUGACUGCCGAUAACUGCAUUCAAAUUUUAUAUGUUAAAUUCUUUAACAAUUUAAUCUAAUAUAAAUUCAUGUACAUACAUACGUAUAAAUGUAUGCAUGUGGAUUGUUUGCGGAUAAGGUGUAACAAAAGGACGUGGAUGUCCGCCCAGCUUAUUAGAUACAUACAUAUAUGUAAAAUAAACAAACAUCCCUGCAAACCAAAGCUCCGAACAUCUUAUACGAAAUCUUUAAUGUGUUCCGAAAUCGUGUGGCAAUAUCUUUACGAAUCUUCAACGAAAAUUAUACGAAAUGGUUGACAUGAACACGUAAAGAAAAUUCUAUACGAUUGCUUAAAAUUCGGAAAAAAACAUUGAAUCAUUCUUCUCAUUGUAGCAUAAUUUUUCGGAUUUUCUAACGAAAUUUCGUAAAAGAAUAGAAUUGUGCUCAUUACAUUUCAUUUUAGAAAAUACUAUUCAGAAAAUUCUGAAAGCAUGUUUGCAGGGAGGUUAAGCUAUAUAUCGAAUUUCUAAACAAAAACUGAUCAAAAGUAAGAGGAUUGGUUCCACCGUUUAACUUGUUUACAUCUCUACUACACAAUACUGGGUAAUUUUGAUUGUGUUAAGUUAGACUUGCAAUGACGCUAAAGAUAAUGUAAAUUGUUAUAAAAUAAAAAAUAUGGAUUUUAAUGCUAUAAAAAAAUAUAGUUGCAAAAUUUCUAUAAGUUUAUGAGAACACUCAACCCCAAUUUACCUUUUUAUUUUUUUACGUGCUAAUGUACGAGCAAUUCAAUUCCAUUUUCGAAAAUUCCAUACUUUUUUAAAUUAUGUUUUGUUUUUUCAAAAACUGUAGUUAAUUUAAUAGUUAAGUUUUUAUGCUCAUCAAUUUAUUGAUUUGUUUUUGUUUUUUUGUUAUAUUGAAGUUUAAUAAUUACACUUUUUCUGAAAUGCGAUUUUUUUACAUAUUCGAUAUGUGAGCUUUCAGGAUACACCAAAAUAUAAAAAUUCAUAGCCAUUCCUUAAGAAAAUAUGAAACUCAUCGGCAUAUUUAGAACAGCCCUGAGAGCACUCUUUUCGUUAAUUUAAAAAAUUGUUUGCUUCUAUAAGGUUUAAAAAUUGUCAAAAAGGCUAUUUUGCAUUGAUGCUGAUAUGUACAUACAUACAAAUGUAUGUAUUGACAUAAAAAUACGAAUAACCCAAACGAACUACAAAAUCCUAUUUAUCAAAAUUAUAGUAUCUUCUAGAUGUAACUUAACUUUGAAAAUGUGAAAUACAUAAGUGUUGAAAGAUUGGUGUCAUUAUCGGUCACAUAAUAUUAUAACCGUAAAAAUUCAGACAGAUUCUACGUGAAUAAAUAAAAAAAAAUACAUAA